UUAAAUAUUUAGAAACUUCAAAGUUAUACUGUAAUAGGGUGCACUGGUAGCUGCUGCGCAAAUUAGAAGGAAGAUACUAGUUGAAAAUGGAGAAUGAAGAGGACCCACCAGUCGCAGUUGAAAUCGCAUCCGAGUCAGAACGACCCCCGACGGAUGACGUCUCGGUUGGCGUUACCGUUAUCACUGGAUAUCUCGGUGCUGGCAAAUCCACUCUUGUUAACCAUAUCUUGAAUUCACAACACGGAAAGAGAAUUGCUGUGAUAUUGAAUGAGUUCGGUGAAGAGAUAGGAGUAGAGAGAGCAAUGAUAAAUGAAGGAGAAGGAGGUGCUCUUGUUGAAGAAUGGGUUGAGCUAGCAAAUGGGUGUAUUUGUUGCACUGUUAAACAUAGUUUGGUUCAAGCACUUGAGCAACUUGUACAAAUGAAGGAAAGUAGACUUGAUCAUAUUAUAAUUGAGACCACUGGAUUAGCGAAUCCUGCUCCUCUUGCAUCUGUUCUUUGGUUGGAUGAUCAGCUGGAAUCAACUGUCAAGCUUGAUUCUAUAGUCACUGUUGUAGAUGCCAAAAAUCUUCCUUUCCAGCUCAACAACCAUCGCAGCUCAACUUCAUUCCCUGAAGCAUUUCUUCAAAUUGCAUUUGCGGAUGUUGUCAUUCUUAACAAAGUUGAUUUGGUUUCUUCAGAGGGUCCUGAGGCCUUGGAGGAAUUGGAGAAGGAAAUACAUAACAUUAACUCCCUUGCCAAUAUCAUUCAUUCUGUUCGGUGUCAUGUUGACUUGUCAAAGAUAUUAAACUGCCAAGCAUAUGAUGCUACUCAUCACUCUCAUUUGGAAACAUUGUUGGAAGAAAGCAAGUCACUAUCUACAAGGGAUAUUCAUGAUGGUGGUGUGCGAACUGUUUGCAUUUGUGAGUCACAGCAGGUUGAUCUUGAUAAGGUUCGUUUAUGGCUUGAGGAGAUCUUAUGGGAUAAGAAAGAUGACAUGGAUGUUUAUCGUUGCAAAGGGGUUUUAAAGGUGCAGAACUCUGAUGAACUACAUACUCUGCAGGCUGUCAGGGAGAUAUAUGAUAUUGUCCCAGCUCGGAAAUGGAAAGGAUCCGAAAAUCCAAUGAACAAGAUAGUUUUUAUUGGACAUAAUCUGAAUGAGAAUGUUCUUAUUGAUUCCUUUAGAGGUUGUGCAGUAACAACUUAGAUUUUGCCAUCUUUGAAAAGACUGUUGCGGAACUAGAUUACAAGGUUUGUGCAGAUCAAAAUCUUAGAGCUGCAUUGAUUUUAGAAAUACUUUACCCGUUUAAGCUAGAACUUUCUCCAUUAGAUGACUUCUACAGUAUACAGUGGGGCUUCGAGAAUAUGAUGGGAACACUCCAAACCUUUGGUGCAACUUGAUUUGUAAACCUUUUUUUUAUUACGAAACAAAAAUUUCAACUCAAUUAGGAAUUAUUAAUCCCUUAAGUUGGUCAUUAUCUUCUUAUGAACGAUACCUUAUAUACACUAGUGCUUGACUGAUGUAUGUACUUUCUCUUUUUCUUUUUAA